CCGUAUAAAAAAUAUUGGACUCUCUGAGCCAGAUUAAUUUAUUUUACUAGAAUGUUACAGGUAAGAUCUUUUUCUACCUUUUUUAAAUUUAUUAUUAUCUCAUCUAACUUCUUUUUAAUAAUGGUUCAAGUAUUAAUACAAGGGAAGUGCAUAUUAAUAUUGCCAUAAAUAUAAAAUGUAGCAGAAGUUAGUUUUUCUCUUUAUGAAUUAAUGCCAUUGCUAUAUCAAUCUUUGAAUAAUUCAUAAAGGAAAGCUCCUCAAAGUAGGUUUGUAAACUUGAAUAGGCAAAGCACUUUGUUGACUUUACUAUGGUGACUGUGCAGUCAUCAUUUUUUUAUAAAAUAUCAGUGUUAAGCUAACAUCUCCAUGCAAUAUUAAACUUUAACAAAUUUUUUAAUUCACCCAUGAUAUAUUUUUUGUAUGUAAUUUAUUUUCAGAAUGCCUUAUUACUACUCUGGACCUUUGUCCCAGAUUUUAGAUUCUGAAGUGAAUAAGUUACAAACACAUGUGUUAAAAUCAUCAUGGAGAAUAGCAAAGAAGAAGUAAGUACUAAAGAAGUGAAAUUAAAAUAGAAGUAGAAAGGCCUUUUCCAUAAUACUUGAAUUUUUUAUUUGCCCUAAAGUUCAAAUAAGUAAGAACCAUUAUACUACAGAUCGGUUGGUAAUAUGUCAGCCAUUUUAAAGGAAAUGACAAUGAUUCAAUUUGAAUGAUCAAAAAUAAAGAUUGAGCAAAAUAUUAGUAAUUACAAGUUGAAUGAGAAACAUGCUAAUGAGCUAUUUAUAAAUUAUUGUUUCCAUAACUGCUCCAUAGAAGCUGAAAAAGUUGGUGGCACUCAAGCAGGAUUAUGCAAGAAAGAAGAAGAAGCUUGAGGUAACAUAUUUACCUAUCUUAUAGUUAGUGAUGGGACUAUUAAUUGGGCCGGUCCUUUUCAUCCUCUACACUAAACCUCUAUCAUCUCUCAUUAGCCACCACUCAUUUUCCAGUCAAUCCUUUGCUGAUGACACUCAAAUCAGUGACUCUUGCUUUCCUGAUCAACUUGAUGCCACAAUCCUUUGCAUACAGGAGUGCGUGGACGAUGUAAAGCGUUGGAUGACUUGCAACAAACUGAAGCUAAAUGAUGAUAAAACGGAAAUCCUUCUCAUCCACUCUCAAAACAAACCUCUCCCUCCAUUCGCUCCUUCUUCUAUAUCUAUUGGCAACUCUGACAUCACACUCUCUCCCUCUGCCAGAAACCUUGGAGUCACGCUUACGGACACCCUCUCCAUGGACAAACAUGUCACGAAUAUAUGCAGAUCAGCAUAUAACGAAAUUAGAAAAAUCAGCACCAUUAGACACCUCCUCUCCUUUGAUGCCACAAAAACUCUCGUCUCUUCACUCAUUCUUUCAAAAUUUGACUACUGUAACACUCUUCUCGCAGGCAUUCCUCAACACCACAUAGAAAAACUUCAGAAGGCACAGAACUCAGCAUGCAGACUCAUUUUUAAAUCAAAGAAACAUGACCACAUUCAACCACACAUGCGGCAACUCCACUGGCUUCCAAUAUCCUCUCGCAUCAAAUACAAGUCUGCCAAUCUUUGCUUCAACUCGUUCACUGACCCUCACUUUCCUGUCUAUCUCUCUGAACUGUUGCUUCCUUACAUCCCCACAAGACAACUACGUUCUUCCAUUGACAGUAGAACCCUCUCAAUCCCAAGAACUAAAACUAAGACCAUCGGUGAACGCUCCUUCUGCUUCCAUGGGCCCACGUUCUGGAACCAGCACCCCUUCCAUAUACGUCAUAGUGAAACCUCGUCCAUUUUCAAAAAGUCCCUUAAAACUCAUCUGUUUAGGUCCGCCUAUGACCUGUGAUGCACCCUCCUUGCCUUACCUCAUUUUCUGUUUCGGGUUGAUCCUGAAGUGUCAAAGUGUCCUCGUUUUAUAGCAAUUUUCAUUGUUCUAUAGAAUAGUAGUUACUAUCCUAGUGUCUCAUUUGUAUUUACUUAGUUUACAUGUUUUAAUAAUUGUAAAGCGCUUAGAGCUUUAUGAUAAGCGCUAUAUAAAAAUGCCUAAAUAAAUAAUUGGAAUCUUAUCGGAAUAUCAGGAUUUUUCCAAAGCAUCGGGAAUCGGUAUUGGAGCUGAAUAAUUCAGACCCAAUUCCGAUACCAAAACGAGUCUUAACUGAUUAACUGCCGUAAUCCGUUGACAGCGCAAAAUUUGUUUCAUGUUAUAAUAGCAGACCUGUUUACUCUUACAAUUUUGGCGUACAAUGUACGAUUUUUGAGGUGUAGGCCUAUACAUUAUAUAUACUGCACGUUUUUUUCCUCUAUAAAGAGAAUGUAUUGAACGAUUAUGUGAUGAUAUUGUACGAUUUUAAGAGUUUGAGGGUAAACAGGUCUGUAAUAGUUUUUAUUUUGUUCCGAAUAGCAUAUUGUAAAGCUUCAAUAGCAAGUUAAUAAACUUUUCUAAUCAAUUCUCAACUUUUAUAUUAAUUAAUAUGUUAAUACCUGGGCACAGUAAUACAUAUAUGUAAUAAUGGCCAGGAAUCGGAAUCGUAUUGGGAAUCGGGAUAAUUGGGUAGAAUCGGAAUCGUUAAAAAUUUUGGUAUCGUCCCAUCACUACUUAUAGUAAAGAGCUUAGGAAAUUGCACUCCUGUUCUUACAAAUACACGUCUCAUAAAGUUACAAAUAUCUAUCGGAAUCUCCGUCCCUUUCUGCGCCUGUCAAUCCCUUAUAUAUGUGGGUCUACCGACGCGUCUAGAAACGCCCUUACUUUUUUAAUUCAAUUGAGAACCUUCGACAAGAUACUAGUAGACCUACUAACCAUGUUUAAUUGGAAGCCGGAAGUAAACAAGAUACAUCAAACGAAUAGGCCACGCCCACAACAAACCCUACCGUCUGCUAGGGAUCUAAUGUGGGGUGAAAGAAAGUUCAAGCACGGGAAAAGUGUACUACAUAACAUUUCAUUUUGUCAAAUCGUCCAUUUUUGUGAAACCAUAACUACUAAACUAAUAAUCCUAGAAGUUCCAAACUUGGUGUACUUGCUCAAAAGUUUACAUAUUUAAAGCCCAAUUUUUUUUCAAGCAGCUAGAACCAUUAAUUCAAAAGUUAUUGAAAAAUAAAAAAUAACCAGAUUGCUUUUUAGUAGUUUUUAUUUUCCGUCAUUGACUGAAACUGAAUUUUAAUUUUAAGGCUUACGAUUUUAAAUUCUAUCCAGAUUGACUACCUUUAGCACAAUAAAAUAAUAGCACAAUGAUUUUAUUUGAUUUUCACUGACAGAAAUGUAAACAUGCAGCUCAAGUCAAGGCCCAUGUCAGGCAAAAAAUAAAAGAACAUGAAGAAAUAGAACAGCAAAGUCGUGAACCGCCGCAAACAUGUUAUAAUCAGACGUCUCAAUGUAAUGCCGUGACGGCUUCAAUCUCUGUCAGUGACUUAACAAGUACAAAGGUAUCAGCUAAUGAAGGCAACUGUCAUGAUAGUCUUAAACCUUUUACAGCACAUAAUGCCACUGUGUCUUCUAGAGACUGUUCUCCCAAAAGUGUGUUAGAUGAUCAAGUUCUCAGCACAGUGGGCAAAACAAAAAAGGAGACUUCUAAAGGUUUUAGGGAGAAAAUACUGGAACCAUCUUUGAUAGAGGCAAGGGAUGAGACAGCAACUUUGAAUGUUUCAAAACAAAAUAUUCACAGCACAGAAGCGAAGAAAGAACCAAUAAGAUUGCUGAAUGAUAACUGGGUUACAGUCACUAAAGGUGAUGCCAAUGCCCUGCAUAGACAUGUUAAUAAAGGGAACCCAUUGUUACAUGUAGAUGAAGUCAGGAUAAUGACACAGGCAGAUAGAAAGCAGGUUGAAACAAUUUUCAAUGAUGUAGAGCAGACUGUCAAACCUGAAGAGCAGUUACAGGGAAAAGUUGAGAAAUCCAGCCGACAGAAAGAAAGCUUUCAUUUUUUAUCAAAUACUGAGGAAGUUCUUGACCAGGAUAUUCAGAAACUAUCAACAUCAGUAAAUGAAAAGCAAUCUAUGAAAGAUACAUCGGAACACUUGAACACUUUAUUAUCACAAUCUAGCAUCCUGAAUCAAGAUAAAACUAAGCUGAUCACAGUUAAUCAAACAGAACAUUCUACAGGAAGAAAUUCUUAUAUGAAACCAACUGUGAAGAAGAGGAAGAUGAUAAAUAGCAGUGAAAGCGAUGAUGAGAUUAUCAUGGCAUCUCAGGUCAGCCGAGGGGUAGCAUAUUCGCUUGCCUCAUCGGCUUACAGAAAAAAUGCUCCUAACAAAAUGAGUACUUUGGAUAUUCUUCCAACCGCACCAACGCUUGAAAGCAUUAAUUUAAUGUCACCCAACUUGAAAGGAGAAAUGACUUCAAAUACCCCAUUGUGUUCAAUCAGUGAUUCUGAAUUUUUAAAUAUUUUGGGAGUAACUCCAAUUCAGGAUUCAAAGACAGACCCAGAGAAAACGUAUUUCCAUGAAAACAAUGCUACCAAUGAGGUGUGUGCUAAACCUCGGCGAAAGGGAGUAGAAAAAUUAAGUUUGGCAAAAAAUUCUAAGAUAGAAACAAAUUAUAUUAUUUCUCAGCAAGAUUCUAAACCUGUUAGUUCUAAUUAUGAGUUGAUUUUUAAACAAGUUCAUUUAGAACAUGAUUCUGGAUCCAUCAAAUCAGAGUCCACCCAGGAACUUGGCCACAUUAUUCCUGAAACAGAAACAUCUGAAAGUCAAGGCCCUUUUUUGAAAUACACUGAGUUGGACACACUUACAUUUACACAAACUGAGCUCCCAGGUUUGCUGAUUGGCCAGUCUUUUACAAAAGCAGUUAAACUGGGCAGAUGUGUUAACAGGCGUUCUGCAAGAAUCUUAUCACAUAAUUCCGAAGGCUCCAUCGGUUCUUCAAAUUCUUCUGUACUUAGUUCAAAAAGCUCACAGCGAGAAGACAUAAUUGUGUCAUCCCGUGGUGUUACAUUUAACAAGAGAUCCCUUGCUCAACAAAAGAAAGCUGCUGCAGUAUUGUCUGUAUUUCAAUUCCUAAUUGAGGAAGCCGUGAAACCCAAAUGGGUUUCAGAAUUUCAACUGCCAGUGUCAUUUACCGAGUUGAGGAAAAUCAAAGAAACCAUUUUGACUGGACCAAAACCUUUACAAGAACACUUUUCUGGUGAGCUUGGUGGUAGUGAGCUUGAUGGUAGUGAGCUUGUUUUCACACAGAGUAAUUCAGGACAAUCAGUGGAAGUUACAAGUCUUAAGCCAGAGGCUCAUGUACCAUCCAGAUGCUGCAAUGAAGAGAAUACAUUAAAAGAGCUAAUUCUGUCUCCAUUGAAUGUGUCUGAGAAUGUCAAUAGUGAACAGCAAGUUGAAAUACUGACUUCUGCACAAGAAAACUUUGACUAUUUGUCCUUAAAGCAGCAGAGCAUUAAACAAGGGCGCAAUCUAGCAGCCCCACCUGAGGACAAAGAUUGCCAAUCUGACAGUCAAACGACGGCAGGUAAGACUAUAACUACGCAUGUUUGUGUGGGGUCACAGUUGGAGACAGAUUGUUGCACUUCACCCCCAGAGAGAAGUCAAAAUUCUCUGAAUGUUGGCAGAAAGCUGUUUGAACAAAAGUUAGUUGUUUUAUCGGACACUAAGAUAACAACUAAUGCUGUUGAUAUGAUGAAGGCUCUUGAAAGUGAAACCUCUUCACACCAAAAUAAAACAGGGAUGAUCUGUACAAGUGUUAGUCAAACUAAUCCUGUAAUUAUUGCUGGCAGUGUGUCAAGUCCAAAUCUUAGUUUGUCGUGUGAUGGACAAAGUAGUCUACACAAUGGUCAAUGCAAGAAUACAGAGCAGAUUAAUUCUAAAUCUGCAAACUCAAAUGAUACUGUUGCUAGUAAUGAGCUGCUUGAGGAUGUACAUCUAAGUCUAUCAGUAUGUCAGGAUAAUUUACCAUUAAGUUGUUCUGUUGUACCUUGCAGCCCAUCAGUAGUUUGUACAAGUCCACAGCCUGACAUAGUCAUACGAAAUGACCAAGCCACACCUAGUAUUGGAACACCAAGUCCAGUUGUACAUUCAGUGGUGAAAAGGAAUUCAUUUUCAUUGACAUCAACACCUAAGACAACUAGGCCUAAAUCUUUUGCUUCGCGACUUAACAUGUCAUCUUACCUGAAGAAUUCCAAAAUGUUAUUUGAAUGUAACAAAGGCCUUGAUAGAUCAGAGAAAACAUUAGAAAUAUGUAGUCCAAAGCCGAGAUGUCUUAAAUCAGUUGACGAUGAAACACCAAAUACUUUAGAGCCUAAGAUCUUCAGUCCCCUGCUUGAGAAAAGCUGUCCAAAAAUUAACAAGAUUAUAAAUGGCUGUGAUGUCAGGAGUCCAGAUUUGUCUGCUAAUUUGUCAAAUAUUUUACAAUUUGAAGACAGCUAUUUAUCUCCUGGUCAAAUUCCAGUGAACACUUUAGUUGAGAGCUCUACAAAUCAUUUAGGGUCAUCUAUGGACUGUUCAAUGCUUUUAGUUGAGCCUUGGAAGAAACUGCCAAGGACUCCAACCACACCGCUUCAAGUGCUGGAAUACAAAAGUGCUCAAAAUUCACAUAUCCCAGUAGUAUUUACGCCUACUAGAAGAAUUUCAAGAUCUCAAACAAAUGACAACCCAUUCAAAGAGGAGAGAACUCUCAAGUUCUCAGGCUGCUUUCAGGUAAGGAGACUUACAGAAUUAUGGAUAAGAUUUAAACAUUUAAAUAUAUGUUGUUAAGUGUUAAAUCUGCAUUGAAUUGGUAGGAAAAUUAGGCUUAAAGCCUAUUUGUGUUUUAUACAGGGAUCAAAAAGCAGAUCAUAACAGUUGAUUAAUUUCUGCAGAAUUAAAAAACCCAAAAUUGAAAUUUUAAUUUUUAGACAUUAUUUCCUAUGAGAAUUAGAAUGUCAAUGAUUUUUUUGUAACUUGUUCUACAGCUAAUUGCCUUAAGCUAAAGAUAUGUUGUCAAGCUCAGUUCAGGCUAUUAAUUAACUAUUUUGAUAUCGAUUCUUCAAUUGCAGUCCUGUUCUCAGGAUGCUGUCGUAAGUGUUUUGUGUGGGCAGUUGAAAUUGGAAUCUGGAACCAGUACACAGUUUAUUGUCAGUGUACAAGCAACUUCUCUUACUUUGUGGACAGAAGAUGACCACUUUGGUUGGACUACUGAACUAGAUUGGCGAUUAGCCCCAGUAAGUCUUCUAAUUAUGUUACAGCUUCCUGAAAAAGGUUAUGACAUUUUUUAGGUCUUGACCUAUCAAAGACAAUAUUUAUUUAGUCUUUAGUUUGAUGCUUUGAAAAGUUUUUAUUCUUAGAAAUUUUGUUGCUUAACUAGUCAAUAUACCCAGCGUAUUAUCACUAAAACUAAAUUAGGAUCUGAUAGGAAUCACAUGCCUAGUGCCAUCCAAUUCCUCAAUGGGAACCUAUCCCCAUUAGAAUCCCGUUAUCAGUGGGAUCAUGUUCUCUAAUGGAAUCCCAAUCCCUGGUGGGAUCUCAUUCCUUGUAGUACACUUAAAUGUAUCCCUAAGAUUGGGGCCAACUUUGACCAAAAUCCAUCAAUAAUUGUGGAAGCGAAUACUGCAAUCUUAAAACUUCAACUUAACAUUUGAGGAAAAUUAUUGAAAGUUAUAAAAAGAACAUUUAUAUAAACCUCAACUGUUAUAGAAAAGUCAAACCUUUUAGAAUAAUCUAAAAACUUAUAAAAAUUGAUACCGGUGCAGAGAUAAUUCCCAGAACAAAAUAAAAAUCUUAGAACUAAACUAAAAUUUCCUUGGGCUUUUAGAUGCAAAUAUAUAUCCUGGUGGAAAAGUCUAGUUCCAUCAAAAUCGAUUGAGUUAUUCACGUAGAACCCGAUAUAGUUGUGUAAGCAGAAUGUUAUUUAUAAAACUUACAUAAGGAAAAAUUAAAUUGGAGGCCUCAGCCCUAUUGGCGUCGAUAUUAUGAGUUCAAUUCCCUUCAGUAUUUGAAUAUGGAUAAUCAAGUGUAUGUGUGUAUGGUUACGCACUGGCUUCUAUUGUGAGAAAUUAAUCACUUGUUUUAAGUUAUGGCUCGUUCACACAGUGCACAACAAAGGACGAUACCAUAGAGAAAUACAAUAAUAAAGAUACGACAUGCAAAAACAGUUGCCAAUUACAAUUAAAAAGAUUUAAUUUAGUAAUAAUACAAUUACAAAACAAAAGAAAUAUAAUUACAAUUCAUCAACUUACAGAGUAUGGGAAAAAUCUUGUACAACUAGUACAAUAUGGCACUUAAUAAAGAUGAAUGAUGAAUGCGAAUAAACACAUAUGAGCACACAAAGAAUAAUACAAUUGUCUCGUAAAGUUAAUAAUAUCUCUCCGAAUCCCUGUCUGAAUCUGAAUCUCCGUGCCUGUCAAUCCCUUAUAUUAUGUGGGUCUACCGACGCGUCUAGAAAGGCCUUUACUUUUCUAAUACAAUUGCGAAUAUUCGACUGAACACCACUGAGAACAAAUUAAUUAUUUUUAGUUGCUGUCGGAAAUAACCACCACAGAUCAAAAGACUAAGCCACACCCAUCUAUGAACGUAGCGUCUCAUGUGGGGUCAACCAGAGUGCACACACGAGGAAAGUUUGUAAACAAGCUCUACAUAACAGUAUGAAGUUUGGUCUAGAUCCAUACAAUAGCCUAUAUCUAAUCUUUUAUUUUUAAAGCUCAAAUAAGGAAAAAUGGAAAUAGGGCCUCCACCUCCCUGAAAGGAUUCUUUGGUAAAGUUCAAGAUAUGUGUUCCAAGUUUGGUGAAGAUCCAUCAAUAUAUGUAGAAACGUGGGCGGAACAAACACAAAAACAAUUUUUCUCCUUUAUAUUUAUAUUAGGAUUUAUUGAACAUGUAUUUGCAGGUUUUUUGGUGCUCUUUUGGGGAAUUUUUAUUGUGUGCUAUUGAAAUCAGCGUUACCCUGUGACAUUAGCUUAUUCUUAUAUUCUUCAAAACUGCCCUCAAGGCACAUCUCUUCAAACUCAACUAUUUGACUCAUUCUCACACCCCUUUGACUGAUAAACAAUGCUUGAUGCUGCUGGGUGCCGCCCAUGGCUAGACAGGGGUAAAUAGUACUUGGGUGGGUGAGGUCAAUCCUUUUAAAAAGCUGUUUUUAAAUGUAUAACUUUGCGUAACUGUUUUUUAAUGUCAUGUUUCUUUUUUUUCUUUUCUUUUUGCUAAUUUUAUGUGAAGCGCUGUGAGCCUAGCCCUAGGCUGGGGUACCGCGCCAUAUAACACCACUUUGAUAAUAAUAAUUAUUUUUAUAUAUAUAUGUGAUAAAAAGCUCCCAAAAUGAAAUGAAUCUUUUUUUUUAUUAUAAUCUGCUUGCUUGUCAAAUUGGUGACAAUAAUAAGAGAAUAAAAAAACUUACACUAGCAGCAUCUUGAAUUAAUUAACUCAAAAUGAUAAAUAAUUGUAACUAAACCAAAGACAAAUGUGUUAAAUACAAAUAUAAAUUAUGCAAAUUUACAUCUGUAGUGGUGACAAACUCACUACCAAAAGAAAGGAUGAACAAAACACAACCUGAAAUGUCAAUUUUUGCAGUCCACAAGUUUAAAAUUGUGUGAUUUUAUGAGAAAGCUUGUUUAUAAUGUGAUAGGUGUUCAAGCACAAGCAUGUGCUCAUGAGAAACCUGCUGUAACUAACUUCAAAUAUAUGAUACAGAAAUGUAUAUUAUGUUUUAAUAUAACAAGCCUUAAAAAAAUUAUUUUUUUUUAUGAAUCCUUUAUAUGCAUUUUUGUGCGACUUAACAAAGGCGAUAGUUCUUAAAAGAUCAUUUUAUCAUAUUUCCUUCAUCUUCCAUUUGAGAAACAGGAAACUGAUUUUUGGGGGUAGGGCUGAAAAUUUGAUAGAAUGUGUUGUCUUCAGCAACAAGUCUAUGUGUCAAAUUUCAUCUCGAUUGGUUGGUGGGAAGUGGUUCAAUUUUGCCUUUCGAAGAUUUGCCACAAACACACUAACAGAAGUGAAGUUAAUGUGAAGGUUUAAAAAAGGUUCACAAAAUAUUUGUUGUCACUACCAGCUAAGUUGAGACUUUACAGAAUUGUUGCACCUGGGUACAAAAGUUUGCAUAUUUUAAAACUAAAGACAUUUUUUCUCCUAUAAAAACAAAAGAAAUUGUAGUGAAAUAAUUCGCCACCCAUAUUCUUAAUAUUUAAUGUAAUUCAUUAUGGUAUUAUUAUAAUUUUUAUCAUCAUAGCAUUGUUGGUACUUCAUUUUAUAGGAAAUCCACAUAAUGAAGGCAACCCUUCUACCAGUGAAUGACCGUAUUGCUGUGAUUGCAAGUGGUCUAGACAAGGGGCAACUGUUUGUUAGUCUCUUUGUCUACAUCUGUAGCUCAGAAGAUACCAAAAGGUUCAAUAUCCCAUUGACAGAGUUCCAGACCGAGAUCAAGUAAAAAUUCUCAUGUUUUCUCCGACUAUAAAAUAUUUAGGAUUUAUCAUUUUGUGGUGUGGUACCUGAAGUUUUCUAAAACAUGACUCUUGAUCACAGAACUUUUUUUUGCUUAAGAUCAAUUAUUUUUUACAGUAGUGCAUUAUAAUUCUUAAAAUUGCAUUUCCUUGUGCUGAAAAUAUAAAAACUUUUAUGAACGUUGUGCAUCCUUCAAACAGCUGUCAUUUAGUUUCCCGAAAGUAACCAAAAUUGUGUGCUGCAAUAAAAACAAAUUGAAAUUAAGAGACAAACUCCUUUUAAUUUGCAAAGUUACUAAAUUCCUGUGAAGAACCAGUGUGUGAGAUCAGCUAUGAUGAUGGCAGCUGUUAAGGGGCCAUCCAUAUAUAACAUCACACUAUUUUGGUCGAUUAUUUACCACUCCCCCACAAAAUCUCAUGGAUUGCCCCAACACUUAACAUUGUUUCUUCACAAGAGCAUACAGGACCAUUAAGUCAAGAAUUAAGGUUUCAAAUACUGUACAUUUGUUGAAACAAGGCUUAAUCUUCUUCAUUAUGAACUUCUUUGUUUUAAGCUGGAGGGUUAGAUACCGUACCUAAAUUAACCUUAACUUACAAACCAAAUUUAGAAAUUUAUAAUAAAACACAUUGCCCAUGAGUUACAAUGUUAAUCUAUAUAUAAAACUAUUCAUUGUGUCAAUGUUUGAUUGAUAAAACACCAUAAGAAAAAGAUUGAGCUUAUAGUCAUCGCUUAUAUUUAUUAGUCAAUGGCCAGAGAUAUUCAUCUUAGUUUCAUGAUGUACCUUCAUAAAACAUAGACCCAAAAACGAUUUAUUUAUCAUGAAAUAUUUUCAGUUCACCCAGUCGAGUGGAGCUGUGUGUUGCAUCUGCCACAGAACUUUUGGUUGGACUGUCAACAGAUUCAACACACUUAGUUGUCAAGGUGAUAUUCUCAGAUGACCUCAACAGUAUUUUAUCUGUGUCAAAGUUUGACAGACAGCCUAGCCAGCUGCUAAAUGUGGUAGUGGUGAAAAAUCUGGCAUCAGCUUUCAUGACUCUAUCAACAGAUCAGAAUAUAAGUAUUUGGUAUGUUUACCUUUAGAGCAGUUCCAUUUACUUCCUUUGAUAAGUGGGGGUGUGGUCAUUUUUCAUAACUGCAUGCAGAGGUUCAUAGACUCAUUGAGCCCUGGAUUCAGUUAAGCUGGUCUUUGGAUUUAAAUCUUUCAUUUACAAAACAUUAACUCUUUCUUUUUACUUAAAAAUUUUAGGAACAUCAAACUAGGAAACUGCUUAAAGAAAAUGUCCCUACCUUCAUCCGUACCAUGUUUAACAGCAAUGAUUGCCGCUAAAGCUUAUCAGGUAACUUUUAUUAGGAUUUAUUUCCGUUGAACAAUGCGAUGAGCAAAAGAAAUCGCAAUUAAUUUUCUCAAGUUCUUAUUCUAUUGGGGAGGUCUUAACUAUGUCACGUCAAGAGAAAAUUAAACAAGGACUAUUAAGAAUUAGUUCCGUUUCUAUCUAUAAGUGCUUUGUUUUUAUUGAACUAUCUGUGCUGAACACAUUUCACGACCCUUUUAUCCACCCUUAAACCGUAUCUCUAAACUUAACCAACAGUGUCUUACUUUAAAGGAAUCAAAGAAGGGUUGCAUUUUUGUAACUAGUAUAAAACUUACCUUCAACUUCAAUUAGAACUACCACAUUCAUAAAUUGAUUUUAUCCAAUUAAAGCAGCUAUGUAAAAUUGUGGAUUUGGUUUUACAUAGCUGCCAUGUCUUUUUCCUGUUUGGUUUUUAAAUGUUACUUUCACUCACUUCAUUUCCGUUCUUCUUAACUUGCUUUUUGUCUGGGUUUGCGCCCACUCCUUUUCUUUUCUUUUUUUUUUGGGGUAGGAUACAUGUAUAUAUAUAUUAUUUAAAUUUAAUUUAUACUUAUUUUAAUGUUUUUUUUUUUUGUGUUUUUUUUUUUUACUGUUGAUGGCUUUUGCCGUAACGUCUACAUUUGUUUUUUUUUUUUUUUUUUUUUUUGUGUUUGUUUUUUUUUUUUAUUUUUUUUUUAAUUUUUUUUUUUUUUUAUUUUAUUUUUUUUUUUUUGUUUGUUUUUUUUUUUGACUGAUGAAGGCAUUUGCCGUAACGUCUACAUUUGUAAAUCAUUAGACAUAUAUUGUUUUAUUUACAAAUGUUGCCUGUGUCUGAUUAAUCUACUUUAAAGCUUUAUCACAGUCCAACACUAUUGAAAUUAGUUAAUUAAAAACUGAAAACCUAUUUUCCAAAUAAAACCGUUUUUAGUCCAUAGUGUACCUUCUGUCAUUACUUCAGGGUUUUCUUAUAUUGGACACUAUUUGGAGAGUUGACAACGGAGAUUGUGGAGGUAUAGUGAUUUUGAACCCAGUCACUUGCAAGGCGUUUCCAGUGGUAGCAUUUCCAAGUCCCAACAGCUCCUGGCGACGGUAAGGAUAAAAGAACUUCCUGAAUUUUUAUACUACUUAUAAUGUAUCAAAAACGAUGUUCUGUAUCCUGGAUGAAUUAAGGCUUAACUUUAAUUUUUGAUUAUUUGUGGGUUUUCUUUUCUUUAGCUUUUAAUAAAUUAGAAUCUGACAUAAACACCACUAAAACAUAAUAGUCCCAUUCUUCAGUUAACUACAAAAAGUCUUACAGCAGUUGUGAUCAACUUUGACCCCCAAUCCAUGCUAGAUACAUCAUGUCCAUGGUCACAUUCAGUUUUACCAGCUGGUGUGGGAAUUCAACGUCUGAUAUUAAACACCGCAUAAACCGACUGAUCAAGAAAGCUAGGAACAUAACACAAACCAAACAUCCUUCACUGGAAGAACUACCGUAUUUGAAGAAAGAUGUUUUUGUAAAACUAAACACAUUUUGGAUGAUACAUCCCACCCUCUUCAUCACAGAUACUUAAGAUUGGCCCAUUCGAGAUGAAUUCUUUCCAUCAGGGCGAGGACUGAAAGAUAUAAAAAUUCUUUUGUUCCCCAAUCUGUACGAAUUUACCAGCGUGCUCCCCCUGAAGUCACAAAUCUUAAUGAGAACUAAUAAGUCCCUGAUAUGGCUAAGAGAACUCACUGAAUGGCUGCUAGUGAAAAAAUGUAUUACAAAUGUCUUGUGUUCAAAUUGUUUCAUAUCUAAGCUGAAAAUGUACAAUGCAAUUAUAAAACAUUUCCAUUUAUUUGGAUCAAUAAAAGAAUCUUAUCUUAUGGGGUUUAAAGUUGUAAGCCAUUCACUUUCUGUAUAACAUAAGAUUUUAAUUUUAUAUGACACUGACAGAAGGAGCUGAUGUUUUGAAGUUAAUUAUUGGUGUUCAAUUUUGCUUGUGGGCUUGUAUAUUUAUAUUACUUAUUCACGGGAUAGGGUUAGGAAAAUAUGGGUAUGGACAAAGAGGAGGCUCUCAAAAAAUAUUACACACGUAAUAUCACACUAUAGAAUCUUAGGUUUUGGCGUACAAUGUACGAUUUUAACAUGUCUUUUAUGAUUGUAUGCGGAAACCUAUCAGAGCUACAAUUUUAAGAAACGGGGUUUAAAAAAUAUAUUAUUAUUUUUUUUUAAUUUUGGUUGUUAGUUUUAACUCCUUUCUACAUUUGGCAAAGAAUGGCUAGAAAAAAUAUUGGUUGGAGACAAACCAAAUUAUAUUACUGAAAGGGGCAAGGGGGAGGUUUUUAUGGUAGGGGAGGUAUAAAAAUAUUUUUUAAAGGCUUUAAAAUAACACUGCCUGGUAGUGAUCAUAAAAUUGUUGCUUUGUAUUUUCAAAAUAAUUCGCUAAAUAAUCAAACACCAAUUAUCUUCUCAUAAAAUAUAUUUUAAAAACUCCUAAAGCUAUCCUUUGCCUUUUUUUUUAAGGACUGAAAAUGCCCAGAAGGAAGUUGGACUUGUCACAGCUUUAAAUGACAGAGGAUCUCUCUGUAUCUGGGAAAGAAAAACUGGAAAAAUUGUAGGUCACACCAAAUCUAAUCUGACAACUUGUGCAUCUCUGAUGGCAUCCAACAAAACGCUUUUAGUUGGAGAAAUUCAUGGGUGUCUUCAUCUGUACAGAACUUGAUGAUGUUGUCACAAGUCUCACCACAAGUCUCACAAAUUAUGUUUUCCAAAG